GUGUUUCAUGGGAAGUGUAUUUCGGGGUGGUCGCGUUAACGCUUAGCCAUUCUAGAACGCGGGGAACCUUUAAACUACAUUACCCAUAUCGCACUACCGCAAUUUUUUUACGUCAACAACAACGCACUCGUACUCCAAGAUGGCGUCGUUGGGAAGGAGGCGCGGUGUCCCAGUGAACAGGGAGAGGGGAGUGAUGGCGGCAGCGGAGUGUUACAUCGUUCACGAGAUCUACAACGGUGAGAACGCGCAGGAGCAGUUUGAGUAUGAGCUGGAGCAGGCGCUAGAGGCGCAGUACCGCUACAUCGUGAUCGAACCCACGCGCAUCGGUGAUGAGACGGCCCGCUGGGUGGCCGUGGGGAACUGCCUGCACAAGACGGCCGUGCUGGCUGGGGCCGCCUGCCUCCUGACGCCCCUGGCCCUCCCUGCUGACUACUCGCGCUACGUAGCGCUGCCGGCGGGGGCGCUGAGCCUGGCUUGCGCCGCCCUUUACGGCAUCUCCUGGCAGUUCGACCCGUGCUGCAAGUACCAGGUGGAGUACGACAGCCAGAAGCUGUCGCGGCUGCCGCUGCACACACUCACCUCUUCCACACCCGUGGUGCUGGUGCGGCGGGACGACGUGCACAGAAAGAGACUGCACAACACGAUAGCGCUGGCUGCCCUGGCUUACUGCGCCAAGAAGAUUUACGAACUGUACUCCGUAUGAGGCGCCGCUGCACAUACGCACACACAGACACAUACACACAAACACUGAUACGACAUUUCACACGCACACGCACAUACACAAUGGCUGGGGAGGUCAGAAGCACUACUAAAUACAAACACCUGCAGAUAAAAGCAAACAACAGAAAUAGGCAAACCGAUGCAUGAGUGGAGAGAGCGAUUGCAAGGAGC